AUGUCGACUGCUUCGAACAGUAGCACCGCGAGCGGCAGUCGUCCUACAAGCCGUAGCCAUGACACGGGCUUUCCGGACUCGUUCGCUUACUACACCACAUCUCUACGCCAUCCUGACGCCAUCGUCGAUCCAGGCUUUUCUAUUUCGGCUGAGGACGUAGACGCGAACAAGGCAUUGCACAGGUCAAGGAGACAUCUUCUGGCAAAGCACAGGCGGACGAUAAGUCAUGGCAAAAUCGCCCAGGGAUUGAACCAGCAACACCCAGCCCACUCGAUGUCACAGCUACAGUUGCCGACAGACAGCGCGGUCCAGGUCGGGGAGGGAAAGACGAUAGGUAUGGGCGACGGCAUCAAGAGCCCGUCCCGAGAAGGGGCCGAAAACAUCGAUCGUUUCGAAGCAUCUUCCGUCAACGGCGAUUACUCGCCAACAUCCCAGUUCGAGGCUGUCGAUAAGCAUGACAACGAGGAAGAGCGGCAUAGAAGCAAGCUCUUUGGCCACUGGCGCAGCCCGAAAUAUUGA